AUGGGACCCUCAGCCAUCCCCGGACCCUCAGCUGCUCCAGGACCCUUGACCACCCCAGGACCUUCAGCCUUCCCAGGACCCCUGGACGCCCUGGGACCCUCAGGACCCUCAGCCAACCCAGGACCCUCAAAUGUUCUGGGACCCUCGACCACCCCAGGACCUUCAGCCAACCCAGGACCUUCAGCCACCCUGAGACCCUCAGCCACCUUGGGACCCUCAAAUACCCUGAGACCCUUGACCACCCCAGGACCCUCAGCCAACCCAGGACCCUCAAAUGUUCUGGGACCCUCGACCACCCCAGGACCUUCAGCCAACCCAGGACCUUCAGCCACCCUGAGACCCUCAGCCACCUUGGGACCCUCAAAUACCCUGAGACCCUUGACCACCCCAGGACCCUCAGCCAACCCAGGACCCUCAAAUGUUCUGGGACCCUCGACCACCCCAGGACCUUCAGCCAACCCAGGACCUUCAGCCACCCUGAGACCCUCAGCCACCUUGGGACCCUCAAAUACCCUGAGACCCUUGACCACCCCAGGACCCUCAGCCAACCCAGGACCCUCAAAUGUUCUGGGACCCUCGACCACCCCAGGACCUUCAGCCAACCCAGGACCUUCAGCCACCCUGAGACCCUCAGCCACCUUGGGACCCUCAAAUACCCUGAGACCCUUGACCACCCCAGGACCCUCAGCCAACCCAGGACCCUCAAAUACCCUUGACCACCCCAGGACCCUCAGCCAACCCAGGACCCUCAAAUGUUCUGGGACCCUCGACCACCCCAGGACCUUCAGCCAACCCAGGACCUUCAGCCACCCUGAGACCCUCAGCCACCUUGGGACCCUCAAAUACCCUGAGACCCUUGACCACCCCAGGACCCUCAGCCAACCCAGGACCCUCAAAUGUUCUGGGACCCUCGACCACCCCAGGACCUUCAGCCAACCCAGGACCUUCAGCCACCCUGAGACCCUCAGCCACCUUGGGACCCUCAAAUACCCUGAGACCCUUGACCACCCCAGGACCCUCAGCCAACCCAGGACCCUCAAAUGUUCUGGGACCCUCGACCACCCCAGGACCUUCAGCCAACCCAGGACCUUCAGCCACCCUGAGACCCUCAGCCACCUUGGGACCCUCAAAUACCCUGAGACCCUUGACCACCCCAGGACCCUCAGCCAACCCAGGACCCUCAAAUGUUCUGGGACCCUCGACCACCCCAGGACCUUCAGCCAACCCAGGACCUUCAGCCACCCUGAGACCCUCAGCCACCUUGGGACCCUCAAAUACCCUGAGACCCUUGACCACCCCAGGACCCUCAGCCAACCCAGGACCCUCAAAUGUUCUGGGACCCUCGACCACCCCAGGACCUUCAGCCAACCCAGGACCUUCAGCCACCCUGAGACCCUCAGCCACCUUGGGACCCUCAAAUACCCUGAGACCCUUGACCACCCCAGGACCCUCAGCCAACCCAGGACCCUCAAAUGUUCUGGGACCCUCGACCACCCCAGGACCUUCAGCCAACCCAGGACCUUCAGCCACCCUGAGACCCUCAGCCACCUUGGGACCCUCAAAUACCCUGAGACCCUUGACCACCCCAGGACCCUCAGCCAACCCAGGACCCUCAAAUGUUCUGGGACCCUCGACCACCCCAGGACCUUCAGCCAACCCAGGACCUUCAGCCACCCUGAGACCCUCAGCCACCUUGGGACCCUCAAAUACCCUGAGACCCUUGACCACCCCAGGACCCUCAGCCAACCCAGGACCCUCAAAUGUUCUGGGACCCUCGACCACCCCAGGACCUUCAGCCAACCCAGGACCUUCAGCCACCCUGAGACCCUCAGCCACCUUGGGACCCUCAAAUACCCUGAGACCCUUGACCACCCCAGGACCCUCAGCCAACCCAGGACCCUCAAAUGUUCUGGGACCCUCGACCACCCCAGGACCUUCAGCCAACCCAGGACCUUCAGCCACCCUGAGACCCUCAGCCACCUUGGGACCCUCAAAUACCCUGAGACCCUUGACCACCCCAGGACCCUCAGCCAACCCAGGACCCUCAAAUGUUCUGGGACCCUCGACCACCCCAGGACCUUCAGCCAACCCAGGACCUUCAGCCACCCUGAGACCCUCAGCCACCUUGGGACCCUCAAAUACCCUGAGACCCUUGACCACCCCAGGACCCUCAGCCAACCCAGGACCCUCAAAUGUUCUGGGACCCUCGACCACCCCAGGACCUUCAGCCAACCCAGGACCUUCAGCCACCCUGAGACCCUCAGCCACCUUGGGACCCUCAAAUACCCUGAGACCCUUGACCACCCCAGGACCCUCAGCCAACCCAGGACCCUCAAAUGUUCUGGGACCCUCGACCACCCCAGGACCUUCAGCCAACCCAGGACCUUCAGCCACCCUGAGACCCUCAGCCACCUUGGGACCCUCAAAUACCCUGAGACCCUUGACCACCCCAGGACCCUCAGCCAACCCAGGACCCUCAAAUGUUCUGGGACCCUCGACCACCCCAGGACCUUCAGCCAACCCAGGACCUUCAGCCACCCUGAGACCCUCAGCCACCUUGGGACCCUCAAAUACCCUGAGACCCUUGACCACCCCAGGACCCUCAGCCAACCCAGGACCCUCAAAUGUUCUGGGACCCUCGACCACCCCAGGACCUUCAGCCAACCCAGGACCUUCAGCCACCCUGAGACCCUCAGCCACCUUGGGACCCUCAAAUACCCUGAGACCCUUGACCACCCCAGGACCCUCAGCCAACCCAGGACCCUCAAAUGUUCUGGGACCCUCGACCACCCCAGGACCUUCAGCCAACCCAGGACCUUCAGCCACCCUGAGACCCUCAGCCACCUUGGGACCCUCAAAUACCCUGAGACCCUUGACCACCCCAGGACCCUCAGCCAACCCAGGACCCUCAAAUGUUCUGGGACCCUCGACCACCCCAGGACCUUCAGCCAACCCAGGACCUUCAGCCACCCUGAGACCCUCAGCCACCUUGGGACCCUCAAAUACCCUGAGACCCUUGACCACCCCAGGACCCUCAGCCAACCCAGGACCCUCAAAUGUUCUGGGACCCUCGACCACCCCAGGACCUUCAGCCAACCCAGGACCUUCAGCCACCCUGAGACCCUCAGCCACCUUGGGACCCUCAAAUACCCUGAGACCCUUGACCACCCCAGGACCCUCAGCCAACCCAGGACCCUCAAAUGUUCUGGGACCCUCGACCACCCCAGGACCUUCAGCCAACCCAGGACCUUCAGCCACCCUGAGACCCUCAGCCACCUUGGGACCCUCAAAUACCCUGAGACCCUUGACCACCCCAGGACCCUCAGCCAACCCAGGACCCUCAAAUGUUCUGGGACCCUCGACCACCCCAGGACCUUCAGCCAACCCAGGACCUUCAGCCACCCUGAGACCCUCAGCCACCUUGGGACCCUCAAAUACCCUGAGACCCUUGACCACCCCAGGACCCUCAGCCAACCCAGGACCCUCAAAUGUUCUGGGACCCUCGACCACCCCAGGACCUUCAGCCAACCCAGGACCUUCAGCCACCCUGAGACCCUCAGCCACCUUGGGACCCUCAAAUACCCUGAGACCCUUGACCACCCCAGGACCCUCAGCCAACCCAGGACCCUCAAAUGUUCUGGGACCCUCGACCACCCCAGGACCUUCAGCCAACCCAGGACCUUCAGCCACCCUGAGACCCUCAGCCACCUUGGGACCCUCAAAUACCCUGAGACCCUUGACCACCCCAGGACCCUCAGCCAACCCAGGACCCUCAAAUGUUCUGGGACCCUCGACCACCCCAGGACCUUCAGCCAACCCAGGACCUUCAGCCACCCUGAGACCCUCAGCCACCUUGGGACCCUCAAAUACCCUGAGACCCUUGACCACCCCAGGACCCUCAGCCAACCCAGGACCCUCAAAUGUUCUGGGACCCUCGACCACCCCAGGACCUUCAGCCAACCCAGGACCUUCAGCCACCCUGAGACCCUCAGCCACCUUGGGACCCUCAAAUACCCUGAGACCCUUGACCACCCCAGGACCCUCAGCCAACCCAGGACCCUCAAAUGUUCUGGGACCCUCGACCACCCCAGGACCUUCAGCCAACCCAGGACCUUCAGCCACCCUGAGACCCUCAGCCACCUUGGGACCCUCAAAUACCCUGAGACCCUUGACCACCCCAGGACCCUCAGCCAACCCAGGACCCUCAAAUGUUCUGGGACCCUCGACCACCCCAGGACCUUCAGCCAACCCAGGACCUUCAGCCACCCUGAGACCCUCAGCCACCUUGGGACCCUCAAAUACCCUGAGACCCUUGACCACCCCAGGACCCUCAGCCAACCCAGGACCCUCAAAUGUUCUGGGACCCUCGACCACCCCAGGACCUUCAGCCAACCCAGGACCUUCAGCCACCCUGAGACCCUCAGCCACCUUGGGACCCUCAAAUACCCUGAGACCCUUGACCACCCCAGGACCCUCAGCCAACCCAGGACCCUCAAAUGUUCUGGGACCCUCGACCACCCCAGGACCUUCAGCCAACCCAGGACCUUCAGCCACCCUGAGACCCUCAGCCACCUUGGGACCCUCAAAUACCCUGAGACCCUUGACCACCCCAGGACCCUCAGCCAACCCAGGACCCUCAAAUGUUCUGGGACCCUCGACCACCCCAGGACCUUCAGCCAACCCAGGACCUUCAGCCACCCUGAGACCCUCAGCCACCUUGGGACCCUCAAAUACCCUGAGACCCUUGACCACCCCAGGACCCUCAGCCAACCCAGGACCCUCAAAUGUUCUGGGACCCUCGACCACCCCAGGACCUUCAGCCAACCCAGGACCUUCAGCCACCCUGAGACCCUCAGCCACCUUGGGACCCUCAAAUACCCUGAGACCCUUGACCACCCCAGGACCCUCAGCCAACCCAGGACCCUCAAAUGUUCUGGGACCCUCGACCACCCCAGGACCUUCAGCCAACCCAGGACCUUCAGCCACCCUGAGACCCUCAGCCACCUUGGGACCCUCAAAUACCUGGGACCCUCAC